AUGUUAGUUCUUCUAACAUUUCUCCUGAUUUUCCAUCCAAUUUAUUCAAAAAUCUGCAAUUCUCCGGAAUGCAAACAAAUCUCGAAGCGAUAUCUGAUGAAUAUGAAUAGUUCUGUCAAUCCUUGCGAUGAUUUCUAUGAAUUUACUUGCGGUAACUACGCAGAAACUCAUGAAAUUGCACAACAUUCGGGAAGUGUUAGAAUGCUUCAUGAAAUCUCAGAUGGUCUUGAUAAACAUCUUCUAGAUGUUUUGUUUGAUCGAACAGUGACUUCGAAACCAGUGAUUUUUGCGCAAAGAUAUUUCAGAUCUUGUAUGCGAUUUCGAAAAAGUUUGACGCCUUUCCAGAAAUUGGUAUCCCAAGUUUUUCCGGAUGACCAUGUUUCUUGGGAAAUUAUUGCUGGAAAGCUCUCACUUCACAAUAUCCAACCUGUUUUUUCAAUUGAAGUCGAACAAUCAUUACAAAAUAGUUCGGAAUCAAUCUUGCAUUUCAAGACUCCUGAAUUACACUUUGAAAGUGAGGAAUCUUAUAAGGAUGUUAAGAUUAUGGGAUAUUACAAAACGUAUUUAAUGGAUCUGUUCGAUCAGUUCGACUGUUUUCUAUCUGAAAGAGAAAUUGAUGAUAUAAUCAAUUUUGAGAAAUCAUUAGCGACUAUCAGUUUUGAUGAUCAGACAAAUCAUAGCUAUCAUGAUAAUUUGAUGAGUUAUUCUAAAUUUAAAAGAACAUAUAUUGGAGUAAUAAUUUAUGAUUAUUUCAACAAGGAUCUUCAAGAAUAUAUGAAUCUCAAUGACAAUUCAAAAAUCAACAUUUUCAAUUUGGAAUUCUUCAAAAAUCUUGAAGCAAUUCUGAAAACCACGUCAAAUUCAGCCAUUGUCAACUACCUAAAAUUCAACUUUUUCAAACAUUAUUUGGACUAUCUUCCAGAAUCUUAUAAACGACCAAAAGAAGUAUUCAAACAACAAAUUUUUGGGCUGAAACCUCACAAAACUCGCGAAGCAAUGUGUCUGAAUGAAGUUUCGAAAAAACUCGAUUUACAAUUAGCCGCCGGAUUUAUUGAGAAAUAUUUCAAAAAAGAUGAUAAGAAAAUGGUUAGUUUUAGACAAAAUCAUGGCACAAAUUAUGAAAAUGAAGUAACGAAUUUCAGGUCGAAUCAAUGGUCCAAAAUAUAAAAUCUGUAAUGAGAGAUAUCUUGAAAAAUGCGAUUUGGUUGGAUGAUUUAACUCGAAAUGAAGCUUUGAAAAAAUUGGAGAAAAUGAAGGAAUUGGUUGGAUAUCCGGAAUAUAUUUUGAAUGAGACUCGACUUUUCUUGCCUUUCGAGAAUGUUAAUAUGAAUGGGAAGUAUUUGGAAAUUGUUGUAGGGAUAAAUAAAGCAAAACGCAGGUGAGCAAUUUAAACAGUGGUCUUUUGAACUCUUGGUUUUUCCAAAACACAUUUUUCAGAUACAAUUUACUUGGAAUAAAUCGGCCAAUCGAAAUUGAUUGGUCAAACAAACUAAUCAACAUAAAUGCACAUUAUAACGCAAAUUUGAACGCAAUUUUCAUGAAUGCUGGAAUUCUACAAUUCCCAAUGUUUUCACCAAAUGCUCCGAUUUAUACAAAUUAUGGAUCUGUUGGUUUUGUCAUUGCUCAUGAAAUCACUCACGGAUUCGAUGAUGAAGGUUCACAAUAUGAUGGAGAUGGACAUUUGAGAAAUUGGUGGGAUUAUGAAACAUCGAAAAAAUAUGUGGAUGCUUCACAGUGUUUUGUUGAUCAAUAUGGGAAGCAAAAAGAGAAAUUGACAGGUAGAAUUUUGGAUGGUAAAUUGACACUUGGCGAAAAUAUUGGGGAUAAUGGGGGAAUUCGACUCGCUUAUGAAGGGUAUUUGAGAACUCUAAACAAAUUAGAUGUUGUAGAAGAUCUAGAAGGUUUCUCCAAGUACACCAAAGAGCAGAUGUUUUUCAUUUCUUAUGGAAACAUGUUGUGUGAAUCUUGGAGACCAGAAGCAAUGAAUCAAUUAUUGAAAAGUGAUCCACAUACACCGGGAGAUUUUCGGGUUAAUAUACCACUUCAGAAUUUCCCAGAGUUUUCGAAAGCUUUUCAAUGUAAGCUGGAAUCGAAAAUGAAUCCGGAAAAGAAAUGUAGAGUUUGGUGA